AUGGAUGUCGAGACCACUGGUAGCAUAACUAUGGAAGACUCGCUUGGCCAAAGAGAUGAAGGUGCACACGCUGUGGAACGUAUAUUACUCCAGGAUCCUGUCUACCCUCCGUUAUCACCGGUAAACGUUCGAACCUACUACGAGUUCUUAGAGGAACCUACAACGGGGGUCAUUCCUAAGGUGAUCAAGAAUGAGACGUUGUACGAAAAGUGGCGGUCUGAAACUCACAAUAUUCGGAGACUUCAGGAUUUAAAGGCAGAGCACAAGAAGGAAAAUGAUAUACGACGGAAUCGUGAAUUGGAUUUAAUUGAACAGAUGAAGCAGAUGGAGCUUCAGAAGCGAGAAGAACUGGAGGAUCAACGAGCGAAAGAGGCUGAUCUGAAAGCGAAACUAGAGCAGCGGGAACGUGAACAGGCGCUCAUUGAGGAGAGGAAACAGAACGAGAUGGCUGCAGUGCAGAACGAACUGAAGCGGCUGAGGACAAUCGAGCAGCGGUUCCUGCAGCAGAACUAUUUUCAUCGACAGCAGCAGAUGGUUGACGGCCACUUAAGUGGGACUGAAUUUGUUCCAGAUGGAUUGUGUCCAAGGUUUCAUCAGCGAGCAGCAUCAGUGAUAAAUGUGCAGUCAUCGGUAGCGAACAACCGACCAGCAGGAACAGUAGGUAACACCCCCGUACCCCUUCGUACCAACAUGCCACCGGUGAGUGUUCAGAAUUUGAUUCCAAACAAUUUACCUCACACUCAAAUAAACACUAGCCCCUCGUAUUUGUGUCAUUCUUUUAUUGAAAAUGGUUUCCCAUCGCCGAUCAGUACCCCUAUGGGUGAUCGCAGCUGUUACAAUAUAACAGAAACUCCUCCAAUAUUGCCGUCCCCCCAUGUUGCGUCUGGUCCACCGAACCAUUGGUCUGUCCCGAGUUCAUUUGUGAUAAAUCCACCUAUGUCGAGUAGUGAAAUUUUGUCAGCAGAAGUUGUCCCAUCGUCCCAGCAGUUGGCAGCCAGGCAAGUCGUGUCGAAGGACUUGCCUGUUUUCUCCGGAGACCCAGUGGACUGGCCACUCUUCUACAGUAGCUAUCAACACUCGACUCAGGUAUGCGGCUAUUCAAAUUCGGAGAAUCUACUUCGUUUGCAACGAAGUCUCAAAGGUCGUGCCAGAGAGGCGGUUAGCAGCUUUCUACUUCAUCCCACAACGAUACCUCAAGUGAUAUCAACGCUGCAAACUCUGUUUGGGAGACCCGAACAUAUCAUCCACAACAUGAUUUCGAAAGUGCGAGCAAUCCCUGCACCGAGGGCGGACCGACUCGAAUCGCUUGUGAGCUUCGGUCUUGCGGUGCAAAAUCUGUGUGGACAUCUAAAGGCGAUCCGGCUGGAGAAACACCUGUCGAACCCCAUGCUGUUGCAAGAAUUGGUCGAUAAGCUGCCGGCUAAUGUUAAACUUAGUUGGGCGCUACACCAGGAGCAGGUGCCGAUGAUCGACCUCAGUGUGUUCGGCGAAUACAUGGGGAAGAUUGUAUCAGCCACUAGCAGUGUAACCGGUUUCAGCACAUUCUCGCAGAAACCAUCGAAGGAUUCCCGAUCCAACGAGAAAGCUUACGUGAACUCUCAUACGACUUCAAAUGAACGAGUAGGCGAACGUGACGAGAACGCAUUCAAUCAUUUUUCAGACAAACAAACAACAGGAAACAAUAUGUGCCUGGCAUGUGGAGUUGGAAUUCAUCAGGUGGCACGAUGUCUGUCCUUCAAAAGACUUUCUCUCGACGAUAGGUGGAAACUGGUAAAAGAAUACAAACUCUGUCGUCGCUGUCUAACGCCACACGUUCGGUGGCCUUGCAAAGGAGAAGCCUGUGGGAUCAACGGUUGUCAGAAAAAACAUCACCGUCUUCUGCAUUCGGACUGCCCGUUAGCAGCAACAUCAUCAACCCAAAAGUCAACGAACGCGACUGUUACGGUUCAUCGUCAAGUCAGCUCAUCUACAUUGUUCCGAGUUCUUCCGGUGACGUUAUAUGGGAAAAAUGGCCAGGUUAACACAUUGGCAUUUCUCGAUGACGGCUCAUCAAUCACUCUGGUUGAACAGUCGUUGGUUAAUGAACUUGGAGUGAACGGCCCAUCGGAAUCUUUGUGCAUUCAGUGGACGGGGGGUGUGAAGAAACAAAUUGCAGAUACAAACCGAAUACAACUCCAGAUUUCCGCAGUAGGUAGCAACAAGCGCUUCAAACUUGGCGAGGCGUAUACUGUGGAAGAUCUUGGACUCCCAGAACAGUCCUUGGACUUCAGCGACAUGUCUUCACGAUUCAAACACCUCGAAGGCGUGCCGGUACAGAGUUUUGACGCAGCAGCACCGGGAGUUCUAAUUGGCUUAAACAACACACACUUGUUGUUUACACUCAAGCUUCGCGAAGGUCGACCAAAUGAACCGAUAGCGACGAAAACGCGUAUUGGCUGGUCAGUUUACGGAAGUCAGCGUGGAACUGAAGGCAAUAUGCAGCAUCGACAGUUACACAUUUGUGCGAAGACAGUCGACGAAAAUCUGCAUGAUUACGUGAAGAAUUUUUUCUCCGUUGAAAGCCUUGGAGUAGCACUUGUCCCUCAGGUGGAAGGAGUCGACGAACAACGAGCUCGUAGAAUCCUAGAAGAGACCACGGUGCGUACGACUAGUGGAAGACUUCAAACAGGGCUGAUAUGGAAGUAUGAUGGAGUAGAAUUACCUGAUAGUCGACCUUUGGCGGAGAAGAGGUUGAGGUGCUUAGAGAAGCGGCUGUCCAGGGAUCCUGUACUGUACAGCAAAGUUCGUCAGCAAAUGUCAGACUACUUGGAGAAAGGCUAUUCACACAAAGCAACCGUCGAGGAAUUGAGUCGCUUCGAUCCACGUCGCACAUGGUAUCUCCCUAUCGGUAUAGUUCUCAAUCCCAGAAAACCGGACAAGGUGAGAGUAAUCUGGGACGCUGCAGCCAAAGUCGAAGGUAUUUCAUUGAAUUCGAUGCUGCUAAAGGGCCCAGAUCUUCUAACUUCGCUUCUGUCUGUAUUGUUCGGGUAUCGUGAACGUGAGGUGGCAAUUUCUGGAGAUCUUAAAGAAAUGUUCCAUCAACUUCUUAUCCGGGAGGAAGAUCGUUGCGCGUUACUGUUCCUAUGGAGAAACUAUCCAGAGAUGCCAAUCGAAGUCAUGGUGAUGAAUGUUGCGAUCUUCGGCGCGUCGUGUUCCCCAACACAAGCUAUAUUUGCAAUGAACCUGAACGCUGAGGAAAACGAAGUCGACCACCCAAGGGCAGCCAUCGCAAUCAAGCACCAUCACUAUAUGGACGACUAUUUGGAUAGUGUCGAUACGGACGUGGAGGCUGUUAAGUUGGCAUUGGAAGUAGCGGAAGUUCACUCAAAGGCUGGCUUCGAAAUCAGGAAUUGGUUGUCGAACAAGAAGACGGUGCUUGAAAAAAUCGGCGAAAUGAAUCCUAAGUCCGUAAAAUGCUUCACUACCGACAAGGAAAUGGACAAAGAGAGACUCCUUGGGAUGAUCUGGCUGCCGGAAGAAGACGUAUUUUCGUUUGCGCUCAGUUUCCGGGAAGACCUGCUGAAAAUAGUAUCAGGAGAAACAAUUCCGACUAAACGGGAAAUGCUAAAAGUUACAAUGAGCAUCUUUGAUCCUCUAGGUAUCGUGGCAGCCUUCGUUAUACACGGGAAGGUUCUUGUUCAAGAUGUCUGGAGGUCCAAAAUCGAUUGGGAUGAAAAAAUUCCCUGGGAAAUCUUCUGCCGUUGGAAACAGUGGCUUUCUGUGCUCCGCAAGAUGAAUACAGUCAAAGUCGAUCGCUGUUAUUUCCCAGGGUACAACCCUGACUGCUAUAACUCCCUGAAUCUGCACGUCUUCAUAUACGCUGGCGAGGAAGCCUACGCUGCAGCAGCCUAUUUUCGCGUUGUGGACAAUGGUCGUGUUCGUUGUAUUCUGGUGUCUUCGAAGACGAAAGUCGCUCCACUCCAACCCCUCUCCAUACCUAGAUUGGAGUUGCAAGCCGCAGUACUUGGGGCUCGUUUGCGGAAGACGAUUGAGGAGAAGCAUUCGCUCAAAAUUCAACGCACCUUUUUCUGGAGCGACUCCUCUACAGUCAUCGCAUGGAUUAAAUCGGACGCUCGUCGCUAUAGACAAUUCGUGGCCUUUCGAGUUAAUGAAAUCCUCAGCCUGUCAUCCGUUCAGGAGUGGCGGUGGGUGCCCACAAAACUCAACGUUGCUGACGAAGCCACUAAGUGGGGAAAAGGACCAUCUUUUGAUCCAGACAGCCGAUGGUAUCGUGGACCUAAAUUUCUGUAUGACAGCGAACACGAAUGGCCAAGGGAUUGCAGAGAAGAAAAUAGCACUACAGCGGAGGAACUUCGUUCAGCUUUUGUUCAUAAACAUCACGUUAUCGAGCAAGUGGUAAAGUUAGAGCGAUUUUCUCGGUUGGAACGACUACUACGGAGCAUGGCUUACGUCGUGCGAUUCAUCGACUCAUCGGUUGAUCAGAGAAAAACCGUUGCAGUUGGACGCGUUAACUACGGAGGAGCUGCAGAACGCCGAACGGUGUCUAUGGCGAAUUGCUCAGAGCGAUGA